AUGUUCUCCCUGUGCCUAUGUGUUUUUUCUCAGGGUCGUCAGGUUUCCCCCCUCAUUCUAAAAACAUGCAACAUCAAUUGGACACUUUACAUUGCCCCUCGGUGUGAUGGUGAGUGCGACUGUUGCAUGUCUCUAUGUGCCCUGCGAUUGGCUGGCAACCAGUUCAAGGUGUACCCUGCCUCCUGCCCGUUCACAGCUGGGAGAGGCUACAGCACUCCAACUGCCCAUCGCAGAAAAAGUGGUGAUCGUCGUGUGAAAAUGUGUGCAAGAACGACCGGAGUGUUCAAGGAAGAAGUUUGUGGACCAAAAAAGGAGGAGAGGCCACAACACCAACUACUGGACGCUGUGUUCAAUCUGCAGCCUCGAAUUGUCCUACGCAGAGCAGAGAUCAGUGAAAAUCUUUAUCCAGAGUGGCACCAGUCAGUGUCCUGUCACAUAAAAGGGGAAAAGGUUCAACACAUCAAAGAGGAAGAAUUAUUAUACUUGAAAGAGGAAGAGCAGGAUGAAAUCAUCCAGGUUCCAUCCACUGGUGUCCAUUUAAAGAGUAAAGAUGAAGCUCAAAAUGAGGAGAGACGAGGGGCGAAGCCUCCAAGCAGCAACCACUCAAGUGAUGGAGAGUGCAACAGUGUAGGAUUACGAACAGACGGUCAAGAUAAUGAACAGUCAGAAGGUGAUUUGACAUGUCACACUUUCAACGAAUGCUGGAAAUGUUCUCAAUGUAGGAAAGCUUUUGCCUCUUUGAGGAAUUUGGAACGACACAUGAAACUACACACAGGUGAGAAGAAACCUUUGGCAUGCUCAGUUUGUGGUCAAAGUUUCACUUGGAAGGAAGAUUUAGAAAUACACACAACAACACACACAGGAGGGAAGCCUUUUUUCUGCUUAGUUUGUGGUCAAAGAUUCACUCGAAAGGGAAACUUAAAAAUCCACACAAGAAUCCAUACUGGAGAGAGACCUUUUUCUUGCUCAGAUUGUGGUAAAAGAUUCUCUGAGAAGGGAACGUUAAAAGUGCACACAAGAACACACACUGGAGAGAAACCUUUUUUCUGCUCUGUUUGUGGUCAGAGAUUCACUCGGAAGGAAGACUUAAAAAUACACACAAUAAUCCACACUGGAGAGAAACCGUUUUCCUGCUCAGUUUGUGGUCAAAGAUUUGCUGAGAAGGGAAGCUUAAAAAUCCACACAAGAAUCCACACUGGAGAGAAACCUUUUUCCUGCUCACUGUGUGGUAAAAGAUUCGCUGAGAAGGGAACGUUAAAAGUGCAUACAAGAACACACACUGGUGAUGGGAAUCCAUCUACCAGCUAUGAUGGGUGAAAUAUGACUGACUACUGAUACUUCAUAGUGUGAUACAUUCCUUGUCCCACACGUCCUCUGGCAGGCAGUGCUUUUUAAUUCUGUUGAUGACAAAGGUGCGUUUGAAAUGGAAUUAGUUAUUUACCAAUUGCUCCAAAGUAUAAACAUUUUCUUGAGCAUGCAUAUAUUUUGUCCAAUGUUUUAUGUCA